AACAUUUCUAGUACUCAUAACGUGGAGGAUUAUUUAAAAAAUUGCGUGAAGUUGUCGGCAGCUUUAAAAACUGGCAAGGUUUCCAUGGAUUGUGCUACGAUAUUCACUGAUAUGAGCGAGCUUGUUUAUCGGUUUGAAAUUGGUGAAGAACGUGAUUUUUCCGAUGAAGCGUGGCUAAAUUUUCUCGAAGUGAUUGAGAACACACUCUCACAUCCUUCCUUGAAACCAGAAAAGUUACUUAGUUUUGAUUCAAUGCCCAUUGUGGCUCACGUGUACUCACACAUUCUGUUGCUGGUGCAAAGUCAGAGGAGUAAUGAAGUUAGGCUUCGCGCCAUUUCCUCCAUAAAAUCUCUCCUGGAAUGUUCAAACACAGCGUUAUGUUGUGAAACCCAUAAAAUGCAUGCUUUUAAUGCUUCGUGUUUCUCUAAGAUUUUGCCCGGUUUCUCACAAGCUUUAUUUACUGCAAUUGUUGGAGAAAAGGGCAGGAAUUCUGUAGUUAAAGCUAAUGCGCUUGCCGUGCUUGCAAAGUUGGUUAUCGUGUGUUAUGGCAACAAGACUUUGUCGGCAAUAAAGUGUAGGCAUUGUUGCUAUUCAAAUAAGAUGUUUUUAGCAUUAAAUAAAGAAACACUGGAGCGAUUGCAGCUGCAGGAUUAUCAUGCCUCAGUUGUCAAUGGUGUUUCUCAUCUUGGAAAACUUAUCAACCAGUGCAUCUGGUCGAUUUUAUCUGGGCCAGUAGACUAUUCAGUCUCGGCACGAAAACGCCUUUUUUGUGCCCUCUCUGCAUUUGCCUCCGAUAUCCUACGCGAAUGCUGGACUUGUCUAAAUGACAUAUCGGAAGCGCAUCUCUUGAGGGAUCAACUUGUUCGUUCGCUUAUCGUCAUUGCAGUAGACGAACAAUGUUCUGCAUUUGCCAAAGCUAGUGACUGUCUCUCUGAGCUCUCGGUUCUGCGGUUUUCGACUUUGUCUCCGCCCGAAUUAGCAGAACUGGAGCGUAUUGGAGUACCUGGCCGAGUGUUCAUCGAACGUCUUGCCCUUGACUUACUAGAGGAUGCAUCAAAGGAACUCGAUGGUUUUUUGCGAAAGUACCCAGUAAGAGGCCGUCUUGUCACCGACACUGCUCUAGGCACUCCAACACAACUGUUCAGGAAAUACUUUGUACAUUUUCGAAACCCGGCUACAUUGUCCCGCAUUGAAAAGGCUGUCAGCGCUUUAGCCUGCUCACACCUGAAUUUCGAUGUGGCCAGUCAGACGCUAUUAAAAUUGCUGAAUUCCGAUGUGGAUCUUGAAGUACCAUCCCUUCAGUUGCUCUCCGCUUGCAUCUUAGGCCUCUCUUUUCCCGAUGACCAGCCAAUCGCGCAACGAGUCAGUCUUGUGUCUUCUCUUCUGGACGAGUUGUUUCAGCGAAACAUCUUGCAGAUGUUUAACACCAAUUGCGAUCGAUCAAUUGUACAGUGGCCCGCGGUUGAGCAGCCAAUCGCCAGCAAUGUCUCCUCAUUGUCUCCUACAAUAAAGGAAAGGAAAUCCCAGAUUCUGAAGGCAUGCGUCACCAUGGAACUGUUGUCGACAGCCUCAAGGGUUUGGAGGCCAUCACGCGAGGGUGACUCGGUUUACCCCGAGGAGCUGCAGCCCUUCAUCUUGCAGAUGCUUGGCCUUGCCACCGACGACGAUUUGCUCUCGUCCACAGCGCAGACCUCGUUGAAUCGCAUUGCAAGCAAUUGCGGUUAUGGCAGAUUUGAGGAUUUUAUAUCCGCCGCAUCCGGACCCGUUCUGUCCUCACUAACGCUGGACUUCCACGCAGUUCUUUUGGCCGCGCCUCAAGACAACGUGACGCCGAUGCCGCGGGAAGCCGCCUCGAAAUUGGAGGCUGCAUGUAGCGCGCUGUCGUAUUUCGUAGAACACGCAAAUCACGAGGCUAUUCAGCGAAUUCGGCCGCUUGUAAUGCAGAUGCUCAUGUGCAUGGACCUCACUUACGACUUUGCUGCGGCCGCGUUCUUGCCUGUUCUCCGCAAAAUUAUGGGCACGUGCUUUCGACUGACUAGAGACGAUGACGCGCCCUCACCUGUCUGCGCACAAACUCCUGCCCUCCCGGCUGAGUCAACAAACACUCAACCGAAAUCCUCCUACCUCGAGUUGCUCCUCAAUCGUCGCACUAGCAAGGUGAGCUGUCUGGGUGUGGACCUCUUCGAAGCCCUGGCCAACACACUGUCACUGGUAGCUUCAACUCGCAGGCAACACAAAUACGCUUACGCCGAUUCUUUAACUACCCCCGAACACCCUCCGACCACAGAGGAGGAGCCGACACAGAAAGAAGACGAAAACGGCGAGAAGCCCAAAGUCUAUCCCGAUCAGAUAAGGUUGGUUGAGGAGAUCAUGCUUCGCUCCAUUCACUUGAUGUCAUGCGAGAGCCCUCGUCUCAGGGUGUCGUCGAUGUCCUUGCUUUGCGAUGGCUGCGGUCUUCUGCGUGAUCACGAAGAUCUGCUUCUGCCAUUGGUGCACAAAAUCUGGUCUCCGUUGAUAGCGCGGAUGCGUGAUCGUCACCCUGCUGUGGUCGAGAAGGCCUUCGAGUUGUUCUCCGUACUAGCCUCGGUCUCGGGGACAUUCAUACGUUCUCGCGCGACCUCCGAUCUCAUUGGUGCCCUGGUCACUUUUCUGGAAAGGGGAGCUUCUGUUAGUGCUGGAGCGCCAUCAUCAUUUGAGUGUCUUACGGCCUGCCGAGUUCAAAGGAGGCUUCUUUACGCAUUCGGUCCUAUCUGUGUUCAGGUAGUUGCUGUCACGUAUUGCAUCAGUCUGCUUAAAAGGGGUGUUUUGCCUUAA